CUCUCAAUCAACAAUAAAGAUGACGUCGUCCGCCAAAAGCCCAAAAUGGAGCCUCUUGUGUCGUCUCUCGCCUGGAGGACGCUUUUUGUUGAUGCUUACGUAAGUCGCCCACGCACGUGUUCCCCCGAGCGUGCACUGCGGACGGGACUCGUAUAAAAAGCUCGCCAUGCAGCGGAGCGGGUCGCUGCUUUUGGCUCCCUGCUGUGAGGUUCUGACUGCUUCGCCCUGUCUGGAAGGAAGGACGGCGGCAGCAAUGAUCGUCAGAUUGGGAAGGCUAACUCCGGGCUAUUUCCGCCUCCUCCAGAGGCAGGCGUCGGGCAAGGUGAUGACGCAGCCGUCCGGCGGCCUCAUCAAUCCCGUCGCCGUGACGAUGGCGGCGGUGGGGCUGUGCGUGAGCCUCUACAGCACCGUGCAGAUGGUGGACCGGUCCGCCGUUUGACCACCAGGACGCCCCGAGGGUGUGCGAGGAAGUUGACGACGGUUGAGGAUGAAGAUGAUAACAACCCACAGACGCUCGAUAAUUCAGGACUAUUUCCACGUCAGGGGUGUCCAAACUUUGUAGGCCAACACAUAAUAAAAGCGAAUGUCCUUUUCACUGAACUCACAUGCUUUCCCUUUUGGAAUAUUCACACUUGAAUGUAGCGUACGACUUGUGUUUUAGUGAUGACACCAUGCACUUCCCCCACAUUGUGUUACAUUCCACCAUUCUUACCGACUGAUUCCCAAAUAAACACAAUCCCGUUCUCA